AUGGCAAAGCGCAGUGCCAACCUCUUGGUGGUGGCCCUGGUGGCCUGCGCCCUGUACGUCCUGCUGCCCGGUGAGAGCUUCGUCGCCCCCCAGACGCUCCGGACCACCGCAUCGCAGGAGGCUCCGGGAGCUUUCGCACAGGCGCCCAGCUUCCAGGCGGAGGGCCGCUCGGUGCAAGUGAGCAUGGCCGCGACCGGAGGCGAGCCAACUCGAUUUCCGCUUGUGUUCCUCGGAUUGCUGGCGGGCACCGCAGCCGUCGGCCUCCUGGCGGUCUUCUUCUACGGCCCCUUUGCCUCGAAGCCUGGGGGGUUUUUGUCUCUGUUUUCGGUUUCGUUAGGCAGAUGA